AUGCAUUGGCAACUUUUGGCUCUCCUCUACCUUGUUUGUCAAACGCUUAUUUCGACGUUCGCUGUGAGAAAACGAAGUGAGAGCUGGCGACAGGACUGCAGGAGCUGUCUGGAGUGUUCGAAGGAAAAUGGCUGCCUGCGCUGCUCUGAGCGCCUCUUCCUGUUCCUGAACAGAGAUGGCAUGAGACACCACGGCUCUUGUGUUCACUCCUGUCCCUCCGGACACUUCGGCCUCCGAGGCAAAGAUCUCAACCGCUGCAUGAAAUGCAAAGCUCCAGAGUGCGAGAGGUGUUUCAACAAAGACUUCUGCACCAAGUGCAAGGGAGGAUAUCUGCUUUUCAAAGGCAAAUGCUUCAAAAACUGUCCAGAAGGCACAUUUCCUCAGUCCACAGACUGUGUUGAAGGCUGUGUGCUCAGUAUGUUUGGGCUUUGGGGUGAAUGGAGCCCAUGCCAGCACAACGGCCUGAGCUGUGGUGUCAGAUGGGGGCAGCAGAGCAGGACCCGUGAGCUGUCCAGAAACACGCCUGAAGAGACAGAAGCACUCUGCCCACCUCAGACUGAGAGUAGUAAGUGCCGGAUGAAGAUAAAGUGUCCAAAAGAUAAAAGGAAAAAUGUAAGGAGAGAAGAAAGAAGAAAGCCACAGAAAAUGCUGAAGCUGUUUGGGAACAAAACUGUCACAGAACCUCCAUGGCGAAUGUAA